AUGCCCCGGCCGCCCGCGCCCGGGCCACAGGGGGCCGCCCCAGCCUCUGCUCUGUCCCGGCCGCCUGCGCCCGGCCCACAGGGGGCCGCCCCAGCCUCUGCUCUCUCCCGGCCGCCCACGCCCAGCCCACAGGGGGCCGCCCCAGCCUCUGCUCUCUCCCAGCCGCCUGCGCCCGGCCCACAGGGGGCCGCCGCAGCCUCUGCUCUCUCCCAGCCGCCUGCGCCCGGCCCACAGGGGGCCGCCGCCUCUGCUCUCUCCCGGCCGCCCACACCCGGCCCACAGGGGAUCAUGCCUUUUGACUUUGCCCCUGCAUCUCCGCCCAACACUGUCCUGGCCCCAAGCCCCAAAUUCCAGACUCCUACCUCCACCCAAGCGGACCUUUCAUGGCGCUGGUGGAGGUCCAGCAGAGGGCCAGGCCGGUUCUCUGUCUCCCAAAAGGGGAGACGGGGACACACUAGGCGGUCCAACCGCCCAGACCCAGUCCCUUCCUUGUCGCCCUCAAGUCCCAGUUCCUGUCCCAGUCCUGCGGUCACCUCAUCACCCUCCAGUCCUGCACUCCCUUCCUUGUCCCCUUCCAGUUCCCAUCCUGUAGUGUCUUCCUCAUUGCUCCCCAGUUCCCAUCCUACAGACCCCUCCUCGUCAUUUCCCAGUCCUGCAGUCCUGUCAUCAUCGUCCUCCAGUUCCUGUCCCCGUCCUGCAGUCCGUACCUCCUCGCCCUCCAAUCAGCCACAAAGCCCACAUCCUACCCAACAUUUCCCUUUUCUGUUUCCUCACCAGCUGCCCCAAAAAGUCCCAUUUCUGCCCUUCCCUUUCAGUUCAUCUACCCCAUUUCAUUCCCAGUCUCAUGUCCCUGGUCCUUUCCCUCGCCCUGCUCCUUUUGUUCCUUUCCCUUCUGGUUCCCCUGCACCUUUUUGUUUUCCACCUCAUGCCCCAGGUUCUGUUCCUCCGUCUCCAUGUCCGUUCCUGCGUCUUUUUGUUCCUGGUCCUCAAGUUCUGCCCCCUGCUGUGUUCCCUCGUCUAGUCGUCUUGUCCCAGCUCCUGAUCUCUGCCCUAUCUGUUUUUGUUCCCCUCUUGUCCAAGAUCUUGGUUCUGUCUGUCCAGUUCCUUAGUUUUCAUUAAGUUGUUUCCCUGUCCAGUUCUAUGUCUUAGUCCUGUCUGCCCGUUCUCUGUGGCCCUGGCAGUGCCCUUGCGCGCGUCCGGUGUCCGCGCGUUAGGUGGGGGGUACUGUCAGGGUCAGUCCCUGCUGUGGUCCUUCCGUGUCCCUUCCCCGUUUGACCAGCAGGUGUUGCUGGUCAUCCCGUUCUUUA